GGCGAAGUUAUCUUGUUUUGGUUCCUCUUCCUCAUCAGAGCUCCGCCCAGCACCAGCUGCUUCUUUUCUUCUUCUGCAGAAAUGUUCGGCAGACUAGAUCCAGCACGCCGUGUAGAAACCCCCUACCGGUCAGACGAAGAACUGCAUUUAUUCCCUUUAUAUCGUUGUGCGGAGUCCAUUGCGAUGAAGAAAGACAGAAUAAUUGCUACAUCAGCUGGCAAGGAAAAGCAGCAGGAGGUCUCAGCAGCAGUUAGACAAAAUGGACAGACACUUGCAGACUUCAGCAGUAUCUACAGCAAAGAUCUGCUCCCAGCUGCAGGAGGCGAGGAGAUGACCAGAGCAUUCCUUCAGGAGCUGGUUAACAUCCUCUUGACCUACAUCAGCAAGUCCAGUCAGAGGAGCUCCAAGGUCCUUGACUUCCACCACCCUCACCAGCUGAGGGAGGGACUGGACGGCUUCAGCCUGGAGCUGCCCGACCAACCAGAUAAUCUGGAGCAGAUCCUGGUGGACUGUAGAGACACUCUCAAGUAUGGAGUCCGUACAGGACAUCCCCGUUUCUUAAACCAGCUGUCUUCAGGUCUGGAUGUGAUUGGUGUAGCAGGAGAGUGGUUAACCUCGGCAGCCAACACCAACAUGUUCACAUAUGAGGUGUCUCCUGUUUUCAUCCUCAUGGAGGAGUUUCUGCUGAAGAAGAUGCAAAGCAUUGUAGGAUGGUCUGAAGAUGUGGGAGAUGGAAUUUUCUGUCCAGGAGGCACAAUAUCCAACCUGUACAGCAUCUUGGUGGCCAGAUAUCACUUCUACCCGGAGGUGAAGACCAGAGGGAUGGGAGCUCUGCCCCGGCUGGCCCUCUUCACCUCAGAACAUAGUCACUAUUCAGUGAAGAAAUCGGCAGCCGUGCUGGGGAUGGGCUGCGAGAAUGUGUUCGUGGUGAAAUGUGAUGAAAGAGGGAAAAUGAUUCCUGUUGACCUCGAGUCUUCCAUUGUUGCAGCUAAAGAAAAGGGUUUGGUUCCAUUCUAUGUGAAUGCGACAGCAGGAACCACGGUGUACGGAGCCUUCGAUCCUCUCAACGCCAUCGCUGACAUCUGCCACAGACACACAAUGUGGAUGCAUGUUGAUGCAGCGUGGGGAGGAGGCCUUCUGAUGUCUGACAGACACAAGAUGAAACUACAGGGCAUUGAACGAGCCUGGUCCGUCACCUGGAAUCCUCACAAGAUGAUGGGCGUCCCUCUGCAGUGCUCUGCCAUACUGAUCAAGAAGAGGGGUCUCUUACAGGGGUGUAACGAGAUGGGGGCCGAUUACCUCUUCCAAACGGACAAACCCUACGAUGUGAACUACGACACCGGAGAUAAGAGCAUCCAGUGUGGCCGACAUCAGGACGUCUUUAAGCUUUGGCUCAUGUGGAAGGCAAAGGGCACAGAGGGAUUUGGAUCUCAGGUCAACAAAUGCUUGGAGAACGCAGAAUAUCUGUUCGAUCAGCUGCAGAGGAGGACUGACUAUGAACUGGUCUUCGAAAACAAACCGGAGCACAGCAACGUGUGUUUCUGGUACAUCCCCCCCAGCCUGAGGGGCCUGCAGCCUGGCACCGACAGAGACAUGAGGCUCCAUCAGGUGGCUCCUCGGAUCAAAGGCAGGAUGAUGGAGAAGGGCUCUCUUCUGAUUGGCUACCAGCCAUUGGGUACCAAAGUCAACUUCUUCAGGUGUGUGUUCUCCAACCCCGCCACACAACAGGAGGACAUCGACUUCCUGCUGGAUGAGAUUACCCGGUUGGGAGAGGACUUAUGACCUCUGAUAUGAUUAUUGGAUCUGCAGUUCUCCCUGGUAAUCGUUUUGAAGGAAAUGAGUGCACCAUUGUUUUACUGGGCCAUUAACAUCAUAUCCAUCUGCAGACAGUUUUCCGGCAUUGCCACUUUUGGUGUUCUCCCAGCAUCCCCAGCUAACGUGAGGAUGUUUGAAACAGUGACACUAUUUAUUAAUGUUUUCCAUGGUUAUACAGGGUCAUCUGGUGUGAGGUUUUAGAGUGAUCUUAAUCAAAUGAAUGUAACUGAAAAUACUUUUAAUUGUUUGUCUUGAUAUCCCUUAAGAUACUGUAGAGUAGAGGCUGUGAGAAUGACGCAGGCUUUGAAAAAAGUAAUUAAUUAAAAACAAAAAACACAAUAAUACGAUCACAGACGGAAAACAAAGACACAGGAAGUAAAACCAGACAACACACAAAGAAAACACAUUUCAAAGUAAAACAGGAAAUAUGAAACAC